UCCCUUCCUUCCCGGCGGGUGGCCUUGGCGAGACCGGGUUGGGCCGGGCCGGGAGUCAUAUGAGCGGCCGCUUAAGCCUAUCCUACGCGGUUGAGGAAAAGCCUUGGCUGGGCUGGAGAAGCGCUCUAUGGCUGCCGGCCCUUCUUGUCCCUCCUUCCUUGCCACCCGUUUGAUGGAGCAGCAACAGAGCGACCACCUGUGAGGAGCAUGCGCUUAACGCAGGUGAUCCUCUAGUGGGAACUCUGGGUAAUGGAUCCAGGCUGCUUGAAAUGUUUGUCUUGAUCUACUUGAUGGGAUUACUCUACAGAAGAAGGUGUAUUUAAGGUGGGACUGGCCACUGCUUUUUCUGAAUUUGGAACGACUGCCUGCUAUGGAACAAAGCAAGAGUCAGCAGGAACCCCCAUCUGAGAGUCAGGAGGAAAGCAAAAGCAGCCCAAGACCUUUGUCUGGUGGAGCUGUCCCUGUCAAGGGGGAAAUAAAGAAACAUGCAGUCACAGAUGACUACAAAAUCUCUAAGCGAGUGCUGGGCCUUGGCAUUAAUGGCAAAGUACUAGAGUGCUUUCAUAAGGUGACAGGGCAGAAAUGCGCUUUAAAGCUCUUGUACGAUAGCCCCAAAGCACGGCAGGAGGUGGAUCAUCAUUGGCGGGCUUCAGGCUGUCCCCACAUUGUCCACAUCCUGGAUGUUUAUGAGAACAUACAUCAUGGGAAGAGAUGCAUCCUUAUCAUCAUGGAGUGCUUGGAGGGAGGGGAACUGUUCAGCAGGAUCCAGGAACGAGGAGACCAAGCAUUCACAGAAAAAGAGGCUUCUGAAAUAAUGAGAGACAUUGGAACAGCCAUUCAACAUCUACAUGGGAUGAACAUUGCCCAUAGAGAUGUCAAGCCAGAAAACCUGCUUUAUACAUCCAAAGGGAAGGAUGCAGUGCUCAAGCUCACAGACUUUGGAUUUGCCAAAGAGACAACCAUACAGAAUGCACUGCAGACCCCCUGUUAUACUCCCUAUUACGUAGCUCCAGAAGUUCUUGGUCCUGAAAAGUAUGACAAGUCCUGUGAUAUGUGGUCUCUUGGUGUCAUCAUGUACAUUCUCUUGUGUGGGUUCCCCCCAUUCUACUCCAACACUGGCCAGGCCAUUUCCCCAGGAAUGAAGAGGAGAAUUCGGAUGGGGCAAUAUGGAUUUCCGAAUCCUGAAUGGUCAGAAGUAUCUGACGAAGUGAAGCAGCUAAUUCGUCUGUUGCUGAAGACGGACCCGACAGAGAGGAUGACAAUUUCUCAAUUUAUGAAUCACCCUUGGAUUAAUCAAUCCAUGGUGGUGCCACCAACCCCUCUUCACACUGCCCGGGUCCUGCAAGAGGAUAAAGAUCACUGGGAUGAAGUGAAGGAGGAGAUGACUAGUGCUUUGGCAACCAUGAGGGUGGACUAUGACCAGGUAAAAAUUAAAGAUUUGAAAACAUCCAGCAAUCGUCUCCUCAACAAACGGCGCAAGAAACAGAAGCAAGGAGGCACCUCCUCAGCAUCUCCUGGAUGUAACAACCAAUAAAGAGAAGAGAGAAAGAUAAAUAUUGAAACGAACAAUUAAUCCAACUGGGGUCAGCUCACCUUUUACACCAAAAACAAAGGGCGUAUCACUGAAAUAUUGUUGACCUACAGAGAAGGUGCACUAUGGCAUCCAACAUGCAAUGUUCUGGAACUUCUUAUGUGGGCACUUUGGGUUUUUUACAAGGGGAAUUUAUUUGUUUUUAGUGUUGUUUUACUUUUUUACUAGAAUUCCAGAAAACCCUAGAAUUCUAGUGGAAGCUUAAGAUGAGUUGGUGGUACUGAAUGCAGUGCACGUUCAGUACUUUCACAGUGGGCACAAUCCAGCUAAGGUGAAGCACCUUUAAGUCCCCUUGAUUUCAGACAACGAGAUGUAAACCAGUACUACACUUUCUCCAGUUGAAUUCAAUGGGGCGUAAAGCUGUUUACAUUUGGCUGGAUUACGUCCAGUAUGUUUUUAAGAGAAAUAAACGUGUGUCUUCCACUGUGGUAUGCCCCUGAGGGACAGAAAGCUCAAGAGCCUGUCAGGAAGCACACUGAAAGGAAUGAGCGUUUCAUGUAUGUACUCCUGCUUGGUCUUGACACUUUUGCUGUAUUUAUUUUAUUUCUAGGGUUAAUGCUGUCAGCUUGCACAAUGUCCACCUGACAAGGAAGCAUUGCUCUUGACUUUAAAAGGAAAUGUUUACAGCUUAAUAACUCUUUAAGGCAUGCUUCCAUAUUCACAAAUUUCUUACAUUGAAAGCACUUCUUACAGGAAAGCAUGUGAAAACAACACGGGGAUUUCUUAUGUGUGGGUUGCACAUAUUUCUGUUUCACUGCAGCAACACAUGUGGGGAAGCUGCAGUUGACCAUGGCUUGUUAGUGAGCGUACAUGCAGCAAAAUAGGUAUGAGUGUAAUCAUUAUAUGAUAGGAUUGCAUGGUCCCUUGGGUGGUAUUCAGCUAUGUUUUUGCACUAGCACAAGUAUUAGCACUAGCGCAAGGGAAUUCCACACACUUGCACCCUGCACCAUCCCCAAACCUGGUCUGGAGGGUUGGGGAAAACCCCAGAGCUGAUUUAGGGGGGGUACAGGAGCAGAAGAGGGGGAGAUUGUUCUGUUGCACAAGUGCUAUGGUGAAUACAACCCCUUUUCUUAUUCUGUGCAUACUUUUCUGGAUCAGUAUUUAAUAAGACUGAUUUGUUUUUAAAUUAAGGAUGAAAGAUUAGACUGCAGCAGUCAUUGUUGGAUCUUCUGCUGUGUUAAAUCCAAAGUGCACGCACUUGCACAAAUAACAUAUAAGAUUUUAAUUGAAAAAGGAUCCUAUGCAGUCCAGAAGGAAUUGGAGGAGAAUUUGUUCCCUCUUUAAAAACUAGAGAUUGACCUUCCAGUUCCUUUGUUACAGACAGGGCUUGUAUGUAAUGCAGAGUACUGAUUUCUGACUUCUACCAUUCUAUCCAUUGAGUUCAGAGCAAUCACAUGUUAGAUCUUAUGAGCAAGCUGGAAGUGUAAAAGUUGAAAACACGUGAACUUGCCAAGAAUGCUCCAGGAUCCACUCAUACAUGGGAGAAUAACAGCUUCAAGAUGCACAGUCACAAUUUUUUAAUAUAUGUGAAGUUUACUUGAUUGAUGAAUUUAUGAUAAACUGCUUUCUUUGUUAAUAUGUUCUGGGUUAGGGUGGACAUGGUGAUUUCUUUAAAAAAGCCACUCGAGCUCAGAUGUUUCUGGAUAGUAGCAAAAUGCAUCUGAAACACCAGUUGUGCCAAACACUCCGAAGAGCCUCAAACCGAGGAAUAGUCCCACAUUUUUCAUACAAUAUCUCAUGAUAGCCUAAUCAUAUGGAACUUUGGUCACAUGCCAUCUGUCCUUAUUCAGGUCAUUCCAUCAUUCAUAAGCUGUUUCCAUGAGAAGGGUGCAGAUGUCUACAAAUCCAAGUGUCCCCCAUCCCCUUGCCUUUGGGCAAGGAUACACUUUAGCAUUCAUCCCUUUCCCUGAGCUCUCAAGCAUGCUGGGCUUUGGAGAGGAUAAGAAACAUCAGGGGCCUUCUCAUGUUGCUUCUUACUGUUCCAAACCUUAGCAGAGGGGAGAGAGAUCCCCAAUUGCUCACAAGGCCUCUGCCAAAGGGCUCAAGGGAGAGGUGGAGUUUUUAGUGUGAUUUGGGAAAGAUAAGAAACAGUAGCAGGUGACUCCUGUGGUUCCUUCUGCAAACUGCAGCACAAAUGAGAUAAAACCCUUCCCCAAGCCGUCUCCACAUGCUAGAAGACUUGGGAGGAGAGGGGAGGCGAUUUGUGGCUAGUAAGCCAAUCCUAGCCAAUAUUGGUGGAUCUCUGCAUCCUAAUUUCAUUCCAGAGUUACAAGGGUUACUGGUAUUGUGAAUCUGCAGUGCACAAGCUUUCUAUUCCUCAGUGCCUCUCUUUGAUCUGCAGGUAGACAUAAACUGAUAUUAAGACACACAGGAUAAGCCUACAAACUCAUGACUCUUUGUGAAAUAUUAACAUUUUGCAUAAGUUAAUAAAUGGUGCUUUACCAUA